GAAUUGGGUCUGGAGAACUCCGGUCUAGAGCCUGAAUACGCCAGAAAGAUCCACUGCCGGACAGGGGUCAGCAUACGGGGGUUUUGUGGAGUGAUGAGAAUAGAUCCGAUGAGGACAUAAAAGGGCCGCCCUUGUCCUCAUUUCCGGCACUCACACCUGUAAGUGCUUCAAUACUGAAGCAAAGGAGCAUUCUCAGACGUUGACAAGCAUAUCACCAACAACCAUGGUCAACAUCAUCUUCUACGGCGAUGAGUCGUCGUCUCCCAAUUGCCAAAAGGUGCUCUGUACCCUUUCCCUCCUCCAGAUUCCCUACAAAUACGUCGUCACGCCUCGACCCGACUACGCCGAGCUCAGUAUCGUUGAUCGACGUACGCCCCUCUUGUCCAUCGAGUCAGACAUGUACUGCGACACGGCCAUCAUCGUUGAUAAGCUGUGUGACAUUGCAUUGCACAAGAACACGGCUGGUGACGAUGUAGAUGCUACCAACCAUCGAGCAUACGGGGAGUUCUUCAAGAGCAUCUAUCCCUCUGCAGUGGAAUUGAUGCCUUUCGAGAACGACGCCAUGGACUCGCCAGAGCCCGCCAAGGAAGUCUCAACGCGAGCCCGAUCUGACGCAUUAGCGAACUUUGCGAGCUACCUCAACAUCAUCAAUCGUAAUUUUCUCGAUUGUGGCAAGAAGCUGUUUUUCCUUGGUGGUGAGAAGCCUUCCAUGGCAGACAUCUACGUGUACAGCAUUGUCGCUUGGGUCUUGCAUGGCCACCAGGACUGUGAGCUCGAGGUGAUGUGCAACAAGUACGCAGAAGUGUAUGCAUGGUGCGACCGUGUUAGAGCUUUCACAAUGCAGGGCAUACGCGAGGACAUCACUUGGGACUGCGCGAAAGCCUUUCUCACCAAGGAGUCAAGGAUUGAAUAUGCCAGGUUUGUCAAACAUGACAAGGCCAACGUGUUGGGUUUGCAGCCUGGAACGGACAUUUUGGUGUCGCCAGCUGAUACGGAUAAGUCGCACUCACAGACUGGAGAGCUUCUCAGUCUCAAUGAUGAGCAGACGUGUUUGCGCAAUGCCAGUGGACUUGUCAUGCAUUUCCCAAGGAUUGGCUACCGUGUGCAGGCUUUCUGUUCGUAGACCCUUCUUUCGAGACUCUA